AUGGUUGCUGAUUUUCCAAUGCUACUAACAUACAAUAUAGACAUCCUUCGCCCCAAGUAUCGUUAUUUGCGACGGAUGAUGGUUCGGCCUUUGCAGGAUCUUAUUGAAUUUCCAAGGUUUUUCAGCUAUUCACUCGACGAAAGAAUAGUUCCUAGACACAAGAUUAUGGUGGAGAAUCGUAUAAACUUCAAGCUUCGGUAUAUGUUGGCAAGCACAGAUGAUGAAUUUAAACAGAGGGUUCAUGCUGCUGUUGAAAGACGCUUAAGAUUUGAAUCCGGUGUCAUAGAUGAUAAGGAGGCAGAUACUCAAAUCGAUUGCUCCAUCGAAAAGUUGCCUUUUGAUUUUCAAACAGCUGAGAUACUAGAAGAAAACGCAGAUCUCUCAUCUGAUUACAAAGAUUUACCUACUGCACAUAUUCAGAAUUCUGCAUAACAUACAAAAAUUGCAUAUAGAAUUGUGAUAUAAUUUGUUACGUACUUUUUUUCUUUCUUAUUUGGUAGUUUAAUAGGGAUAAUAUUACUCAGCACAUGCCCUUGAAAGAUUUUGGAUCUGAGAUCACUAGAUAACAGAUUAACUACUUCUGUCAAUCUAAGCCUGAUAUUUAAGAUGGAAUAUUAGAAACUUAGAAAGUUUUCACUGCA